UGCGCAUGCUCAGUAGUGUCCCAGUGGCCAGCACCCAUGAGUGUGUACGACAGUGCACUUAAUAUCCUUCUGCUGUCCUUUAGCGGCUUUACUGUCCUUCAGCCACCUUAACCAUGCUCGGAGCAGCUGCACGCUGCUUGUCCAGCGCUCCAAAGGCUUUUAAGCCUGCUAUCAACUCAUUGAAGACUUUUGGCGGCCGACAUGUGAACCUUACUCCGGGGCGAGGCUAUACAAGCCCAGCUGCUCAGGCAGCUCUGGCCAAUGGUCACAUCGUGGCUGUAAUUGGUGCUGUGGUUGAUGUCCAGUUUGACGAAGGCCUUCCCCCCAUCCUCAAUGCCCUGGAGGUGGCAGGCCGUGAGAGCAGGCUGGUUCUUGAGGUGGCUCAACAUCUCGGUGAAAACACUGUUAGGACAAUCGCCAUGGAUGGCACAGAGGGUCUGGUCCGUGGGCAGAAGGUUCUUGACACAGGGGCCCCAAUCAGAAUCCCUGUAGGGCCGGAAACUUUGGGUAGGAUCAUGAACGUCAUUGGAGAACCCAUUGAUGAACGUGGUCCAAUUAGCACCAAAGAGACUGCUCCUAUCCAUGCUGAAGCCCCUGAAUUCACAGACAUGAGUGUGGAGCAGGAGAUCUUAGUCACCGGAAUCAAAGUUGUAGAUCUGCUCGCCCCCUACGCCAAGGGUGGAAAGAUUGGUCUGUUUGGAGGCGCAGGUGUGGGCAAGACUGUGUUGAUCAUGGAGCUGAUCAACAACGUGGCCAAGGCUCACGGUGGCUACUCCGUGUUUGCCGGAGUGGGAGAGCGCACCCGUGAGGGCAACGACUUGUACCAUGAAAUGAUUGAGUCUGGUGUUAUUAAUCUGAAGGACACUACUUCUAAGGUGGCGCUGGUGUACGGUCAGAUGAACGAGCCUCCAGGUGCUCGCGCUAGAGUCGCUCUCACCGGCUUGACUGUUGCCGAGUAUUUCCGCGAUCAAGAGGGACAGGAUGUGCUUCUUUUUAUCGACAACAUCUUCAGGUUUACCCAGGCUGGAUCAGAGGUUUCUUUGGGACUGGGUCCUGGGAUGAUGGUGAAGCCUUUGAAACAAGCGGGCACUUCGCACAGCUCCAGUGAUGAGUUGAAGUUCUGCGUGAAGAUGGGGGGCCAGCUGCUCAGCAGACUCUCAGGCAGGAGGGGGACACACUAUCUGGUGUCUGCCCUGUUGGGUCGUAUCCCGUCUGCUGUGGGGUACCAGCCCACCUUGGCCACUGAUAUGGGUACAAUGCAGGAACGAAUUACAACCACCAAAAAGGGUUCCAUCACUUCAGUACAAGCCAUCUACGUGCCUGCAGAUGACUUGACCGACCCCGCUCCUGCCACAACCUUUGCCCACUUGGAUGCCACCACCGUGCUGUCCCGUGCCAUUGCUGAGCUCGGCAUCUACCCGGCUGUGGACCCGCUUGAUUCCACCUCCCGCAUCAUGGACCCCAACAUUGUUGGGUCUGAGCACUACGACAUUGCUCGAGGUGUACAGAAGAUCCUCCAGGACUACAAAUCCUUGCAGGACAUCAUUGCUAUUCUGGGUAUGGAUGAACUGUCUGAGGAAGACAAGCUGACUGUAGCCCGUGCUCGUAAGAUCCAGCGUUUCCUGUCCCAGCCUUUCCAGGUGGCUGAAGUCUUCACUGGCCACAUGGGAAAGCUUGUGCCUCUGAAGGAAACAAUCAAAGGCUUCCAGAGCAUUCUAGGAGGUGAAUAUGAUGCCUUACCCGAGCAGGCUUUCUAUAUGGUGGGUCCCAUUGAAGAAGUAGUUCAAAAGGCUGAGAAACUGGCAGAGGAACACUCUUAAAUGCUGACAUAUGGAAGGUUCUCUAAACUGUACAGUAUAAUUUCUAUUG